AUUAUCUCCCGAAGCCUGAAGGGAAUGUGCUUGAGGUGAUCCUCUUCUCCAGGUUUCUUUGAUUUGUCGUCUCUUUUAGGCUUCGUUUUACUUUGACAGGAAAGACAAAGGUGUAUAAAAAGCACAGCAGAGACUGCAGUCACAUGAAUGGACCAAGUGUGUAAAUGUGUGAGAGAGGAUGGAAUGGAUUAUAAGAUCUAAACUAACUCAAGCCGGGAGACUGCUGACCAAAGGAGAAUACCCACAGAUCACAUUCACAUGUUUCAUGCCCUUGUGUUCUGCUCAGUACAAGGCUGCUGUCACUUCAGAUCCAUGUCAGCCACUUCUUUAUCAAUGUCCUGUUCUUGAACAGGCAAUGACGUGUUUCUGUUAUUGGUGACAGCAGAUUAUUGAGUGAUUGAGUCAUAAUCUUCUCAGUCUAUAUCAUAUAAAUACGCUUCACUGGACUCUAAAAGUAAUCACUUGAUAUCACUCAAGAUCACUCAAAGGAAUAUACAGAGCUCUAUAGACCAACAUACAAAAUGAAUCUGGAAGUCGCCAAACCUGAAGCAAAGAGUGGCGGCAAAGCUCCACUCAGAGCCACCGGCCCCGGGUCCCCUCACAAGGGCCCCCCCAAAUUCAAGCAGAGGAACACCCGGCAGUUCAAGAGCAAGCCUCCCAAGAGGGGAGUCAUCGGCUUUGGAGAGGAGAUCCCAGGAAUGGAAGGGCUUGGCACUGACUUCAAUGUGAUCUGUCCAUGGGAAGCAUACAGCCAUCUAGAGCUGCACGAGCUAGCUCAGUACGGCAUCAUAUGACAGUAAUCCCUGUGAAAGUGUUUUUGUAUGUCCAGAUGUGGUUAGAGAAGUCGUUUUCUACAGUUAACUCUGUUUUCACAAGAUGCCAUUUUAUGCCCAUUAUUAACACUGACGCUGCGCGUGUAUCUUUGCCUGAGACGGCAGUGGGAGCUCGGCCUUCAAGCCCGAGUUCUGGCCUGCAGGAGAUUCUGCACAACUGUCAGCACUGUGUUUUUAUAUGUAGUAAAGCCAGAAUAAAGAAUUUUUAAAGGAA